CUCUCUCUCUCUCUCUCGCAUCCCUCUCUCUCUCCUUCCCCGCAUCCCUCGCUCUCUCCUCCGCCGCCGCCGCGGUGUCGAGUGGCUGCGCCGCCGCAAUCGGCCUCCGAUCACCCUCCUCCGAGAGCAUGGUUGCUGAAUUGGAUUUUCUCGACGAUAUUUUUCUCGAACCAAAAGAAAACACUGAGAAAAAUGUGGGUAAAUUCCGUCCGAAGGUGCGUGCUAAAACCGCCAAAGCGGCAACCAAACCCUCUGAAACUGCUGCUUCCGCCAGUACUUCUUCUAGCACCCAAAAGCCUCAGUCGCAUGAUUCCAAUGUUAAGCAGAAGGAACAGGUUUUGGAGCCACAUAAAGGAAGCUCGGGAGAGGAUGCAGGUAUGCCUGUUGGGCUGGACUCUAAUGUUGAUCCCGUAAGUCCUUCCUCAGCAGACCAAGGAGCCCCAAACAAAAAUGAAGAAUCACUUGUCCACACUGAGGCGUCUCAUGAUGUUCGACAAGUUUACGAGGGUGAUGUUGAUAUGCAGAUGCACCAUGAUAAAUCAGAAGCUCAGGAAGUGUUGGAAACAUUCAGCUUGGAGUCUGGGGCAAGAGCUCUUUCUCAGGUUGCCGGAACCUCUGGUGUAAAUUUGAUGGAGACAUGUUUUCGGAUCAAUGAUGUUAAUUCUUCUGGAAAUGAGUCCGUUCCUGCAGUAAAUCUCAGCAGUAGCUCUCCAACAAAAACUAACACGAAUGAGCAACCUCUUGUGGAAUCAGAAGAACUAGUAAACAAUUUAAAAGAUUCUAUUGAUGGAUCUCAGGACAGAGAGAACGAUCAUAAUUCACAUGCUCUUCCUGGUCAAGGAAUUGAUGAACUGGGAGCUAAUAUGCUUGCUAACAUGGAAUCACUUGAUGAUUUCUCCUCACAGCCCAAUGCUACUGGCGCAGUUAACAAUGGUGAGAAGGUCCAACCUAAGCGACAGCAAAAAGAAGGAAAAAGGAAAUCGGUGUCUUUUGUUCUUCCUGAUGCUAAUGAUUCUGCAGCUCCUACAGAAAACUAUACUGAGCAAUCCAACCCUAUUGAAACAGAUAUUCCCUCCCAAGAUACAAUGGCCUGUGAAAAUUUGGAAGAUGGCCUGGAUUCAUCACCUAUGCCUGAUGAUUGGUUUGCUGACUUUGUUAUGAAGCCAACCAAAGAAAAUGAUAUCAGCAAAGAUCAGUUUUUUAACGAUUUUGAUGAUACUGGUAACCAAAAUGUUGAAGAACCAAAUCCAGAAACUGCUGAAGAAGUUGGAGCUACCAAAUCAUCUAGGAAUUUGAGAAAGAAGUCCAAAGAGAAAGCAGAUGUUGAUUCGGAUAUCAGGACAUGUAAUCUUUCUGAAAUGGAUGAAGUUCUUAGUGAUGAUAAUGAUGAAGAUGAUGAUUAUAAUGGCAAAGAUGCAGAAAAGAGGAAGAGGGUCCCAAGAAAGUCGAGGAAGCAAAAGGAUGAAAGUGAGACAUCAAAUCAGAGGCGCAAGAGAACCUCCAAGAAAUCCAACUCAUUUGUAGAAGAAUCGCCAAAGAAGUUUUCCCAUGCUCUACGUCGAAAGAGACGGAGAGUGGACAAGGUUUUGCUUGAAACGCCUCAGAACGAGAUUGAUCGAAGGCAGAUUAGCAUAAGGAAUCUCAUAUUGCUAGCAGAGAAUAAUGAGAAAAAUUGGAGUAAACAAGCAGCAGCUGGUCAAAGUGUUUACAGAAGAAAAAAUCCAGAUGACUUUGAUUUUUUCGGCGGUGAAGAAGAAAAUCAUGAUAACGAGGAAAAUGGCGGCGCUCAGCCAAGUUCCACAAAAUUGAAUUACCACUCUUAUAUGAAUAGAGCGAAGUCAAAAAGAUGGUCAAAAUUGGAAACAGAAAUGUUUUACAAAGCUAUUCAGCAGUUUGGAACAGACUUUGAAAUGAUACUACAGCUAUUCCCUGGUCGUACACGUCACGAAUUGAAAGCUAAAUAUAAAAACGAGGAGCGGAAACAUCCUUUAGAAGUCCGUGAUGCUUUAAUUUAUCGCUCUAAAGAUCAUUCGCAUUAUGAAGAGUUAAUUCAAAAGCUGCAAAUUCAACCCGAGGAGAACCCCCAAAGAGAUACAACCGCUAAUCAGGAGACGGAAUCGCAAGACGGGAUAUCGGAAAAUGUUGAGGAUUGGUUUGAGGAGUUCACUAAGAAGACAGAACAAGAGGAGGCCAAUGAAUGGGAAGAUAGAGAAAAUAGGCCUAUGAGUUCUAAUGAUGAGAAAAAUGAGGCUCAGACCCCUGCAGAGGUGGAUGAUUUUGAUACUGCUUUUGAUUCUGACAUCCGAGACGUGGAAAAGGACUUUUUUGAGGGCUUUUGAACUACCAAGAAAGAGGAGCAGCUUGGUCACUUCUACUAGUGAGUUUCCACUUUACCUACCCCUUAAAUGUACCCAAAAAACAUCUGAGCAUUGUGACUAACGAGCCACAGUCGAUUUGGAUCAGUCCUUUUGAUCUUUUUGUAUGAUUGGCUAGCGGGGUGCAGGAAUAGGUUGGUCGAGGUAGUUUGUGGCAAAAUUGUGACAACAUUUAACCCAUGUCGUAUAUAAUGAUGCAGCCAGGCUGAUCGCGUAUAAUGUGAGAAAGUAAGAAGUAUUCGUUAGAUUAGUUGUUCUUUUUGUAUACAACUUUUUGUAGGGGAUAUUUUGUACAUUGAAUGCAUACAAUUCAGCUUUAGCUUAAUAUAAUGCUUUUCAGAUGAGUCUAAUGAUUC